CAACUCCCAGAGUGCUUCGCGCUGAGACCACAACUCCCAGAGUGCUCUCCGUUGUUGUCGCCGCCGCCGAGACCAAGAUGGCCGCGAGACUCCGCGCCUUCCUCAAGAAUGCUUGGGACAAGGAGCCAGUACUGGUCGUGUCCUUCUGCAUCGGGACCCUCGCUGUAAUUCUGCCCCCAAUCAGCCCCUACUUCAAGUACUCGGUCAUGAUCAACAAGGCCACGCCCUACAACUACCCAGUGCCUGUCCGUGAUGAUGGGAACAUGCCCGACAUACCCAGCCACCCCCAGGACCCCCAGGGGCCCAGCCUGGAGUGGCUGAAGAACCUGUGAGCACCUCCACUGACCAAGGCGGGCCCUCUCUCGGCUCCCAAUAAAAAUGUGAAAACCAACCCCA